AACCGCUUAUUUUCCAAGGCAAAACCCAAGCCUUCCCUUUGUUUUCUUUUGCUCUAAUUUUGUUCCUUGUUAUGGAAAUGCUCAUUGAUCAUCAUCUGCAAACCAUUGCAACUCAUCCUCCUCAUACAUAAAAACAUCAUUAUCAUGUCAAGAACACCAGAAUCAUUAAAAAUUCCCCAAAAUAACAUUAAACCAAACUUGGGUCUUGCCAAAUCAACACCUACUCUCCCUGACCUGUUCUUGACAGCAAUUUCCCUUCUUUUUCUCUUCUCUUCCCCCAAAACAAACCAUACUUUCUUCCCAAAGUUCCUUCCUUUUCCCCCGAAGCCACGGCGGUUCCUCAGAACACCCACCAUGUCAAACUCCAGGUCCGCCUUUCCAACCCCACAGGCUUUAUCUGAUUGGCUCAAGCCACGGUUGCCCUCUGAGUCACUGGCUUCAUGGGGGGUCAAACCCGGAACCAAAAACGUCCACAAUCUCUGGUUGGAACUCUCCGAAGGCGAGAUUUCUCUUCUGGAUUCGUCCCCUCCACUUCGUACUGUUAACGUCGUUACGGUUCGUAUUCUCGGUAAAGAUAACCUCGUCCUCGUCGAAUCUCGACAGGAAUUGUCGGAUGGUAGCGUUAGGGAUCGGUUUAGACCAUUGUCCGAGAAAAUGAAACCCCAUGAAACCACCGAAGAAGCCGUUGUUCGUGCUGUGAAAGAGGAGCUUGGUUCGGUUGUUGUUGAUUCUGGGACCGUGAGGAUUGUGCCGGGAUCUUAUAGGAAGAAGCUGGAGGAGCGGAAUUCGGUGUCGUAUCCGGGUUUGCCGGCUCGUUAUGUUUUGCAUUCGGUGGACGCGUGGGUGGAGGGUUUGCCUGAGGGAGAUUUUGUUACUGAAGAGAAGGAAGAGUAUGAGGAUUUUGAUGGGGCAAGGGGAUUGGAGAAAGCUGUGUCUGUAAGGAAGCAUUACUGGAAAUGGGUUAGUUCUGAUUCUCUUAGCUCCUGAAUAUGCACAGAUGGAUGCAGAAUCUUGGUUGAAUUUUCUUGGUAUUUGAUGCUGUAGCUGAGUUGCUGGUAAAGAAUUAAUCUUUGUCUAGUAAAAAAAAAAGAUACUUGAACUCUUUAUAUAUAUAGCCUUAUAACGAAAACGAAUGAAUUCCAUGCUUCAUUCUUCAGAUAUGGUUCAACUAUAGAGACUCAAUUGUUAUUAUUUUGUGAUUGCGUUGAUGAGUUUG